AUGGGGUUGAGGGGUGAAGCUAGAAGAAGGAAUAAAGGUGAGGUAGUGGAGGAGAACAAAUCCCUUUCUUCGGAAAAUAGUAGUGCCGUAACAUCGAGCAGCAUUCGUAAAAAGCGAGCAGCAACAACAACAAAGGAUGUCUGCCUGCAAUACAAAGAUGACGCCGACUGGAUUAGCUCUUCCGAGCCAUUUAUGUACAGACACCGACCAACAUCAGAAAGAACACAGGAUAUAUCUCACUUAUUGGCAAAGAUUUUCAAGGAAGUUUAUACCGGAGAGGUGAUUGGAGAGGAUGUGAUCAAUAAUCUUAUGAAAUCACAAGGUGGAGACAAUGAAUACCAUGAGAAAUUUGUGCAGCAGCUCCAAGAGAUUCAUGAAGAGUAUGACAGGCGAAUCGCAGAGGCCGACACAAUUGAAAAGCACAUCAUCCAGGCCCGAGCACGAGCUGCAGCAGCGGAGGAGAAGGCUCUGAAUAAAGAAAGGGAGGCGAGCGGAGGUAGCUUUGACAGCCUGGACCUACCUUCAGGUAACGCUUGCCUGUUUGCACCAUUUUCCAUUUCUUCAGCAGCAGCAAAACCGAUUGCCCAUUAUCCUGAACUGACCAUCAGCUUUAAACAACGCAUUUCUCAAAGCCCUGUGGAUGAUGGUUAUUCUGACCAGAGUCCAUCUAAAGAUCAUUUGACAGAAGACAGAUCAUCUUUAAUUUUACAGUCGACUUCUGGUGAAUUAACAAGUUUGAAAAAAUCCAGCCCUCAGGAAGAAAAGUCCAAGAAGCCACGCUGGAGGGAUGAGUUGUCAGUGGCCGACCGCAUCAAGGCUCGGGAGGAUAUGGCAAGGUUUGAGAGGUGCCACAACUUCCUGAAGAACCCACGUUUUCUACCCCCUCAACAGGGAGGCAAAUCACUCAUCAUUCCCAAAAAGAAAGUGCAGAAGAUGGUUGGCGAUAGAAAGAUCUUUGUGGAUGAAAGUGACCCUGGUGAACCCAUUCCUGUUUUCCUGGCAAAGCCACCGAUUAUCCUCUUCACGGACUACAAAGUCGGUCAGGUGUACGAGACCAACGUUGAGCUGCGGAAUAUGACGUCCAGUAGCCGUCACCUCCGAAUCAUCCCACCGAGCACCACUUUCUUUUCUGUUGGACUGGGUAAAUUUCCAGGAGAAGGUGGGAUAGUCGCUCCAGGAAUGAGCUGCCAGUACACAGUUCGCUUUGCUCCCGAUUCCCCAGCCGAAUUUGAGGACUUUCUAAUAGUGGAGACACAGACACCCUAUCCACUUGUGAUUCCUAUCGAAGCCAGAAGACCUCCUCCUAUAUUAACAUUACCUGCUACGUUAGACUGUGGAUUCUGCUUGAUGGGAGGAGUGAAGUUUACAGAGUUCCUGUGCAGAAACGAAGGGUACAAUGCUGGCUGUUUUUGCAUCAUGCCCAAGAGAAUGUGGCCGACAACCAACUUCAGGAGCGUAGCGGUGGCUGGAUUUCUGGACGUAACUCCGUUUGCAAUCAGACCGGCUGUGUUUGAGCUGCAGCCGGGACAGGCAUUGAUCCUGGAGGUUGCUUUCCUUCCACCUACUCCAGGAACCUUCUCUCAAACUGUUACAAUGGUUUGUGACAACUGCCACGUGAAAGACUUUGUACUAACAGGGUCUGGCCAGCAGGUUGCUUUGCAUUUCAUGUCGGUCAGUGGUGCAGAGAGCACGGCCAACCUAGGCGAGUGCAGAGACGUUACAGCAGAGCACUUUGUCCGCUUUGAGGCAACAAACCCACACGUAUGUUCCCAAAAGGUGAUCACCCUCCGCAAUGCUACACACAUAGAUCUUCCCUUUUGUUGGCAAGCACUGAAGCCUAAUCUGGUGUGCGCUAUUCCUGGAGAGUCCAUUGAAUACCCCAACCUGGAUUACGAUCAAGACUUGAAAACGGCCUUCCACGUCUGCCCAGAGAACGGUGUGAUGGAACCUCACCAGGAUCACGACUUCGUUCUCACUUAUUUCCCGCAAGAGCUGAAGGAAUACCAUAGUGUGCUUUACCUUAUCCUGCGCAAUAUUCCUGAACCUUCAAAUGCCAAUGAAUGUAACGGCGGUAGUCGGAAAAAUAGCAUGGAAAGAUCCAUAAAAGCAGCUGCAGCAUCUGGGGGUAACAUCAUAGCGCUGGAGAUGGAGGUUAAAGGCACCACUGAACCGUUUCAGGUCCUGCUGAAACCUUACGCCUUUCUCAUCCCGGGUGACAACUACAUGCACACGACUUUGAAAAGGUAUUUUCAGAUUUGGAACAACAGCAGUUCAUCCAUCUAUUUCGAGUGGGAGAGAAUGCAUGAUUCCCACAUCUUGGAGGUGCUACCUCCUUGUGGCACAAUAGAGGGCAAUGAUUACUGUGAACUGGAACUGUUGCUUACUGGGGGCAAGCCCGAGAAAAUGGCCCAACGUCUACAGUGUCACAUCCAGCAUCAUGUGGAGCCAGUCAUCCUUCAUGUGGAGGCAACCUUCGUGGGUCCGCGGGUUUGCAUAGACCAUCCAUUUCUGGAUUUCUGCCUGGUAAAGUUCGGAACCGAAGCCGCUUGCAGCCUGCACCUCAAGAACAAAUGCCAGCUGGCUGCUUCAUGGUUUUUACAAGAGAGUCCUGCAUGCCUGAAGGAGAGAGAAGAAGAGGUGUCACAAUUUACCUUUGAACCAUCGAGUGGAGAUCUGCCACCACUGUCUGAAUACACUGUGAAUGUACUGUUUACGCCCACCAAGUGCCAAAGCCUGAAGACCGUUCUUGAACUGAAUGUAGAAAAUGGAGAUGCAAGUCACAUCGCAGUGAAGGCUGAGGUUCAGGACGUGCGGGUUUGCCUGCUGAGUUGCACCGUGGUGUUCAAAGAUAUCUAUGUUGGCAUCCCAGCCCAGGAGAAGGCAACGCUGUUUAACCAGACGCUGCUGCCUGCAAAAUGUUCCUGGGGAGAGGUGCAUCAAAGCCAUGUACAUCAAUGUCGAAUCAAAAUCACUCCAACAAGCUUCACCUUGGGACCAAAUGAAAAGGCAGUGGUGUGCGUCGAAUUGACAGUUUUCAGCGCAGAGGAUCUGAACGGCGCUAUGGUCUCGUGCACAGUGGAGGACAUGAACGAACCACUGUUGCUGGAAUUAUUCGCUAAACCAAAGGGCUUGAAUAUAACAUACAGCAUCCCUGACGAUGACUAUGUGAAUGAAUCGCCGGUGCUGGACUUCAGUGAGAUGGUGGUGCACGGCACAGUGAAGAGAAAGCUGCUAAUCACCAACAACUCAGCCAUCACCGGCCACUUCAACCUGGAAAUGGAAUACUUCAGCAGUUGCCCUCCUCUGCCCCCUACAGUCAGCAUGCUGCCUCACAGCCUUUCGCCCAGACACUCAAGACUACCUCUCCUGAAGAGAACAGUGAAUCUUACAGAAGGUCCAAGCAAGUCACAGGACCAACUGCAACGUGAAUUUGCAGAUGUACUGCUCUGCCACAAGAAAGGUGCAGCGUUUGUGGUUCAUCCCGUGACGGGAACCCUGGAGCCCUACCAGCAGCGGGAGAUCGAAGUCACUGCCUAUGCCAACAUGUGGGGCGACUACCAAGAUAACCUCGUCUGCAGAGUUGCAGGUCUCAAUCCUACCUAUAUCCCCAUCCAGUUGUCCGUUCAAGGUGUUCCACUCUACUUCAAGAUUUUAGGUCCCCAAAAGGACAACCAGAAGCGAGGCCCCAUGAUCAGGUUUGGAACGCACAUUUCUGGAGGAGACACGGUGUCCCGCUACUUACGAAUUAUCAACCCAGGCCCCUGUGAUAUCAGACUGGACUGGGAAACGUACAAUGUGGAGUCGGACGACAUGCAGCUGGUGGACCUGUUGGUGUUUUACGGGCAGGAAUUUCCAGUGAAGGAUGAAAGCGGGAAUGAGACCAACUCCAGCGCCCUGCCCAGCGAGAGCGAUCAUGCCAGGAACUGGGACUCGAUUUCCAACAGUGCAGAGAGCAGCUCUGUGGGCCUCCAUACAGGAUGUGACUUGGAAGAGGAGCCGGAGCUGGAGGAGGAAGAAAAUAUGAUGUUGACGAGCGACCUAAUUACUGUGGUGUUACAGGCUCAUGAGGGCACUCAGGCUGAUUAUCCAUAUUGUGUGACUCCGCGGCAGAUGGUGGUCCCUGGUGGUGGAUGUAGCAUCAUCAAUGUCUCCUUCACCCCACUCGCUCUGAAUGGAGAAGCAACAAACGUGGAGUGUGAGGGCUUUGCCUUGGGGUUUCUAAGUCUGGACAAUAAGGUUGCGGUUGGGGAACCUGGGAAGGUAAGCAGAAACCAAGGAUACAAUACAGAGCCUCUACGGUUAGACUUUUCUGGAGAUGUACAAGCUGCCAUGUUAACAGUGGAGAUGGACGAUGAUGAUGAAGACCAGCUCACGUUUUACGCGGCUGCAAGUGAUUUGAUCCCAGACGGCUUGGAUGGCAAGAUACAGAGAGAAAUUCUGAAGACGCGUGGCCUGAAACUGAGCAACAACACAGAGACCCCGCUGUGCUUCCACUUCUUGCUGCAAACUCCCUUCUGUGUCUUGGAUGUGGACCCCAAAAACACCUUGAAAUCUUCAAACAGUGACCGGGAGGAGAAUGUAAAGUUUCUCAUGCUAUUCCCACUGCAGCACAUGCAUGUCACUGUGGCAUUCUGCAUUUCCUGGGAGCUGCUGAGUUUUCAGGGAAAUAUAUGCAAGAAGAAGGAACAAGAACUGGUGUUUAAGCAGGACCUGGUGAUUGAAUACAACAACAACAGCGCACAGCUCAUUCCCCUCCACGCCCAUUUCUUUCUGCCAUGCAUUGAGGUCUCCAGUGAAGAUGUCAAUUUUGGUACCUGUUUGGUUGGACAGACCCGGAAGAAGGAAAUCUUCUUGCUGAACAGGUCAAAGUCGAAGAGUUACUGGACGGCAACAUUGGUUCCCAGUAAAAGACACAAGGAUGAGAGCGUGUUUGCAAUUUGCCCCACGUGCGGGGUCCUGGAGGCGCGUGUCAUACAGUUAGCUUCCAGCCGGACUACCUUGCUGAUCACCUUUACUGCCAGAGACAGUAGAGUGUACAAGGCCAGCGUCACCAUCCACGGAAUGCUGGGAGAGAGACCCAUAAAGCUGUUGGUGCAGGGAAGAGGAUCGGUUGACGAAAAGUUCGAAGCCACGUACACUCCAUAAGGUCAGCAUGCAUCAAGAUGCUCAGUGAAUGCCCUUCUCAUCAACCACCUGACGCUGCUUCAAACAAUUUGUAAAUGUAUUAUUGAUCAACAUUUCAUUUGUUCACAUUAACAGCAUCUUAACAUAUCGAAGAUGCAACAAAAAACAAACUGCUGCAGGUCAAGCAGCGUCUGUGGGAAAUGGAGAACCUGGAAGAGUCCCCACGCAAAACAUUUCCCUCUACAGAUGGUGUCUGACUUCUUCCAGCAGUUUGUUGUUUUGCUUCAUGUGGAACAUGUUUUAUUUAAUCUGCCUUACCAGCAAGAUACCUUCAUCGGGAAACUCUGAGCCCAUGUUAAUAUAAGAGCUUUCAAGAUCGUCAAAUGUGACUUGAAAACCAAGUUUUGAAAUGUGCUAAAAAAUGCACAGCCAUUAUUUCAACCGAAAUCUAUAUUUGUAAUGUUUUUGCUGUGCUCAUUGUAUAACAUUACAUCAUAUUGUAAAAUAAGAACUUUUAACAUUUAACAAGUGUUCUUGUCUCGUCGGUAAUGUGUCUUGGUGUCGACUUAAAUAUCUCUUUGAACUCGUCGAGUUAACAUGCAGUUUAUCAAGUCUUUUGAAGUUGACAAAUAGACAAUAGGUGCAGGCGAUUCGAUAGCACCGCCAUUCAAUAGGAUCAUGGCUGAUCAUCCACAAUCAGUACCCGUUCCUGCCUUCUCCUCAUAUCUCCCCCGACACCAUUAUCUUUAAGAGCCCUAAUUAACUCUCUUGAAAGUAUCCAGAGAACCGGCCUCCACCGCCCUCUGAGGUUGAGAAUUCCAUACUCAUAACUCAUGUGAAAGUUUUUCCUCACCUCCAUUCUCAAUGGCUUACCCCUUAUUCUUAAACCGUGGUUCUGGACUCCCCCAACAUCGGGAACUUGUUUCCUGCCUCUAGCGUGUCCAAACCCUUAAUAAUCUUAUGUUUCUAUAAGAUCUCCUCUCAUCCUUCUAAAUUCUAGAGUGCACAAGCCCAGCCGCUCCUUUCUCUCAGCAAAAUGAGUCACGCCAGGAAUUAAUGCGAGGGGAAAAAUCAGACUUCAGUUGUUAAAUAUGAAGUGAAGUUGAGUCUAUUCACAUGUGGACAAGUAUGGUGAGGUACAAUGAAAAUCUGGCUUACAGCAGCAUCGGACAUAGACUAGACAACAUGCACAAAUAAUUACACGUAAAUCACACACACAAUUUUGAAGACGGCAAGACAUAAAUAGAAAUAAACAAGUCCAUGUAGGUCAAUUGGCUUCUAUAAAUUGCUCCUAGAGUGUGGGAUGUUAAACUGCAGGUCAGACUGCAUUUGUGGGAAAAGAAAAAGCUAACAGUGGACAGAUAGCAUGAUGGCACAGCGGUAGAGUUGCUGCCUUGCAGCACCAAAGACCUGGGGUCCUGACUAUAGGUGCUGUCUGUACAGAGUUUGUAAAUUGUCCCCAUUGUGUGUAGGAUAGUGUGUCAGCUGAUCAGUUCAGACUCGGCCGGCCUGUUUCUACGCUUUCAGUUGAAGAUUAUUUGUUAAGUCUGUAAAGACGCAGAUCAUAAUUCAGUAAAACAAGAAAAACAGUUUCUUCAAACAUUUUUAUUGUGACUGUAGUUACAACUCUGUAUGAUUCAUAUUUACAGAUGAAUAAGCCAGUUGUUAAUUUACAAAUUAUCCAAUGGCAGAACUGCUCUUAGUAAGUGCUUUUGGAAGAUUCUUUGAAGCAAUUCGAGAACAGCUGUAGCCAUUAGCACC